AUGGUGCGCGAGGCGAUGGCGGUUUUCGCUGGGAUGCGGCCUGAUGGCUGUGCCCCUGAUUCGCACGUCUACAGCACAAUAGUGCACGGGUUAUGUGGGGCAGGACGAGCUGGAGAGGCGGCUGCGCUGCUCACAGAGGCAAUGGAGAAGGGAUUUGUGCCGAAUGUUGCUGUAUACAAUGCUUUGAUUGAUGGCUACUGCAGUACUGGGGACUUGGACCUUGCAGUUGACGUCUUCAAGGGGAUGCAGAGUAAAGGGUGCUUGCCGAAUGUUCGUACUUAUACUGAGCUGAUAUGUGGGUUUUGCAAGUCGGGGAAAGUAGAGAGGGCCAUGGUACUAUACAGUCGGAUGGUUGAGGCAGGUUUAGCUCCAAAUGUGGUGACAUACACAACCUUAAUUCAGGGGCAGUGCAACGAGGGGCACUUGGAACAUGCUUUUAGGCUGCUUCAUUCAAUGGAGGCUAGUGGGCUGGUCCCUAAUGAGUGGACUUGCUUAGUGCUGAUUGAUGCUUUGUGCAAAUGUGGGAGAAUUGAGGAAGCUCAGCAGUUUCUCGGGUCUCUUGUUCAGAAGGGAAUUAAGGUGAAUCAGGUUGUCUACACCAGUAUGAUAGAUGCAUUGUGCAAGGCGGGAAAUUUUGAUGGUGCUCAUAAUCUGAUGCAGAAAAUGGUCACAGAAGGGUUUGUGCCAGACGCCCACACAUACAGUUCGCUUAUUGAUGGACUAUGCAGGGAAAAUAAGCUGUCGGAAGCAAUAUCUCUGUUGGAUGAUAUGAUUGAGAAUGGAGUACAAGCCAAUGCCGUACCAUUUACCAUUCUAAUUGAUAAGCAUGUCAGGAAGUUUGGGUCUGAUUCCUCCAAAAUGAUAUCUGAUAGGAUGGCUGUGGCAGGUGUUAAGCCUGACGUUGUCACUUAUACAGUAUUUAUUCGCUCCUAUUGUCAAGAGGGAAGGAUGGAAGAUGCUGAAUCCAUGAUGAUUCAGAUGAUCGAUCAUGGUGUUCACCCUAAUUUAGCCACAUAUAACACAUUGAUUAAAGGAUAUGCAAAUCUUGGACUAGUCAGUCAAGCAUUUUCAUCUUUUAAGAACAUGGUUGAUAAUGGAUGCAAGCCAAAUGACGAGUCUUACACAGUUCUCCUUGGACUGCUACUAAAGAAAAAUUCCUACCAUGACUUAGUUACCAAUUCUAUUAAUGUAUGGAAAAUAGUUGACAUAAAAGUUCUCAAGGAACUCUUGGAGGAGGUGAUUAAGCUUCAGUGCACCUCAGCCAGCUAUAUUUAUGAUUGUUUUAUUAGAUGUUUAUGCAAAGUUGAUAGAUUGGAGGAAGCAAAAAGUUUUCUCGUAGGGAUGCAGAGUGCUAACUUGACCCCAAGUGAGGAUGUAUAUACUUGUAUGAUAGAAUGUUGCUACAGAAUGAAAUUGCUAAAAGAAGCUUUAAGGUUUCUUGAUUCAAUGGUGGAAAGAGGCUAUUUACCACGUUUAGAAUCUUAUAGGUUUAUUAUUUGUGCUCUUUGUGAGGAGGGAAGCUUUCAUACUGCUAAAAGCAUUUUUGGUGACAUGUUGUCAAAGGAAUACAACUGUGAUGAGAUUGUUUGGAAGAUUUUGAUUGAUGGCUUAUUACAAAACGGAAACACUGCUGACUGCUCCCGUCUGCUAUCGUUCAUGGAGGAACAGAAUUGCCAUCCUAGUUCUGCAAUAUAUGCUAGGCUUACAAGUGAAAUAACAGUUGCAAGUGAAGCUCAGGAAAUUGCUACAUGA